AUGGAGACUUGGGUUCUUCAUCCCCAGCUGCGAGGCCAGCUCUACCACAAUAGGAUCACCUUGACCAAUUUCAGUGUGGGCGGCGCAUUCCUCGUCGCGUACAAUUUUGCCUAUUUGGCAACCUGCCGCGAUCGUCUCAGACCGAAAUCCUGGCGGGAUGCGGCUCGUCAAGUGCAACAUAUAUGGGAGGCUGCUCUAGGCAAGCAGAAAGAUACCGUCCUGCCUCUCCUUGUCGAUCUCGAGAGAAGCAAUGACCAGACCACGAACACCAUCCGUGAUAGCCUUGGCAAGCGCCCGGCCCGCCUACCGGACACGCUGUGGCAGAUGCUGCGUGCGCACGGCCCCAUCGGAACCGUCGAAGAGGAGCAGCAAAAGCGGUUCAAAGAUGCAAAGCCCUGCAUCCUUCCGGACACUACAUUCGCGAGAGCCGUUGACCGAGCACUGCGAGCCUGCUUCGCUCUGCUGAAGUUCACCGACCAUAUUCAGGUAGUCUACAUCCGAGGCUCAACCGGCAAAGUCGACGUUUACUUUGACAAGGGACAGGAGCUCUUGGUUCGAUCACUUGCAUCCAUGUUCAAGGCGCAUCCGACGUCUCGACCAGCGGAACUGAGAUUCAUGCGGCAGAUUGGACGGCGACUGCGGUACCUGCCGCACAGUAUCCAGUUGAAGCCAUACUCCGGUGGUAUUCUGGUCAGUUGGGAAGACAAUGAGGCGGAAUCGGUUCGCAGGCUCGGUCCCAGCGGCCCGGACUACCAUAUUGUGCUUCAUGAUGACAAAUGUGCCAAUGCUGAAAUGGCACUUCUUCUCCACCAUGCAGCCCUCCCCAACGACGUGGUGCCCUGUGGCUGCCGCCGGCAAUUUGCUCGUCAGGCACACCGAAUGUGCCUCUUUACCGGUUUGUCUCACACAUCCACAUGUUAUGCCAUGAUUUCGUUGAACGAAGAUCGAGCGUUUUAUGGAGUGCCGUCUGAUCGAGUAUCGCCUGAGUCGUAUGAGAAGGUGGGAAGCCUCUCCCUUUAG